GAAGAGCUCUCCACGGCGUCCCUGAGUUCCAGCCUCCGCGAGUUUCACAUGGUCCAUGGCCGUGCUUACCACAAGGACGAGAGUGGGUGGCCGAGCAACCGUACCACUGAUCGUUGCGACGGACACUUCCAGAAUCACCAGCUCCUUCUGACCUUUGACGGUCGCAAGUACUUCUCUCCUAAUGCCGAAACAGCAAAGAGGGUUCUUGAUGUUGGCACCGGCACCGGCAUUUGGGCCAUUGACUUUGCGGACGAGCAUCCCCACGCCGAGGUUGUGGGAGUCGACAUUGCACCCAUCCAGCCUGGCUUGGUUCCUCCCAAUCUGCGUUUCGAGGUUGACGAUGUCGAAAAGCCUUGGACGUGGACACAGCAAUUCGACUACAUCUUCGUCCGCAUGCUUGUCGGCUCCCUGGCGAGCUGGGAGCCAUUCUUCAAGCAGGCUUACGAUACCCUCGAGCCUGGGGGCUGGAUCGAGCUCCAGGACCCCGGUACCCCCUCUGUCUCUGAUGACGGCACCUUGAAGGACAGAUCCCCUUUGUGGCAGUAUGACAGACGCUUCAUCCAGUCUGCUAAGAACCUUGGCCGCCCGAUCCAUCUCGCUGCCGACCACGACGAGCGCCUCAAGGACGCAGGAUUCAUCAACAUCGAGCGCAAGGUCUUCAAGUGGCCCAUCAACACAUGGCCCAAGAACCCCAAGCACAAGGAGGUCGGCUUGUGGACUCUGGCCAACAUCGAGGGCAAUCUCGAGACCAUCAGCAUGGCCCUGAUGACCCGCGGCCUAGGGAUAACUAGGGAGGAGGUGGAGGUCUUCCUCGUGGGCGUCAGGAAGGACCUUCGGGACCGCAGGAUCCAUGCUUACUGGCCGGUCUACGUGACCAUCGGCCAGAAGCCGUUGCUGGAGAACUAGACAGCUCAAAUUGCAUCAAGUCUUGACAGUUGGGAUCAAUAUUACGCGAACAUCGCACAUACAGAUUGGUCUCAUCUAGUAGCGCGGGGGCGGUGGGAGCAAGUGUUGAUGAUUUCGUUUGGCAUUCAUUACAUCAAAUGGUAGCAUAUGCUGCUCAACAGCACUCU